AAUCAAAGGUGUUAAUUUGAUCUCUUACGUUACGCAAUGGCUAGUAUUUUGCUCCUCAUUAAGCUUAUUGGUAUCAUAGUGCUAAAGGUUACUAGUAACUUCUUGUAUAUCGUCAUUUCAUGCUUCAGGGAAAUCUACAAUGGACUGAAAGAAGGAUUACCAUUAAAACGUAAUUUAAGACUCCUUGGCUAUUAUAAGUUUUCUAUUAAGGUACUUAUAACGGAAACGAAUGGGAACCGGUGAGUUCAGUUAGCAGACUUGGAGUCGUUGUGAUUACUAACCACCACAUUCAAAGACAAGAACCUCAAGAUGAGUAUUCAAGAGAUGUUAUUUCAAGAUUUCUAAAAAAUCCGUCCUUAUUUGAAAGAGUCCUUGGUGAAAAUUCGGUCGAUGUUAUUGUUUCAUGGGUAGCUAACUGCAUUCAAAAGAAAGAUCUCGGAAUUUCGAUCAAGAAUACAGAUUUAAUACUGGUGUACACUAAAACAAGGGGUAGUCUAUACGAUCUCAACAAAUGGCUUAACGUCCUGCCUAAUCAUAACUACUCAAAACCUCACUUUGCUAAUAAUCAUAAUAAGAUUAAAGAAUCAGAUUCAUACAGCUGUAUUCUUUCGUCAACUCGGAAUAAUUUAAGUCGUAAACAUAACUUGGAAGAUCCUCGUAUUUAUUGCUCCUAUGGUCAGCUUUACAAUCGUAUGUUCUCGUAUAGUCUUCGAAGUUUAAGUGCUGUUAACCAUGCUUCCAAUCUGAAAAACAAAUUACUCUUGAAAUUUCAAUAUAUUUCUUCUGAGAAAGAAGAUUGCUCAGACUUACUUGAAGUUGGUCUACAAACAGCAUUAAAAGCUAAUCUAGACUACAUAAUUUUUAUUAAUCCACGUGCAAUGAAUUUGAGUGAACAUUUACUUACUGAAACUAUUCAACUAUUGGCCAAUAAAAACGAAAAUUGUCAGGUUGACUUUGUGCUAGGUAUUACUAAACCUUGUUCAAGAAGUUUACGAACUGACACUGAUGUUAAUAUAUAUCGAAGAAAAUCAUCAAAUGGUUUAUAUCUAUUCGGUUUAAAAUGUGAACAACAUCAUAUGGUGUCCAAUAUCAAAUCAAUUUGUGCUAAUUUGGAAUGGUCAUCUAUAAAUGCAGCAGAUAUUCUAUAUAGAAAUAUAUAUCACUCUUUAUCAAAUAAAAAUUUGGUAUGUUUACGUGAAAGAUUAGAGGAGGUGUCUGAACCACUGGAUCUUAUCAAUGUACAACAGUCUACUGGAUUAUUGUGUGAGGACGUACUUAACGAUUCAGUAACUGUGAUUAUUCCCAUGGGUUAUGGCCAUCCAGAUGAUUGUAUUGAUUCUGAAGACAUUGAAUUAGUCGAUGUGAAAUUUUCAAGAUCAUUAGCUUAUACAAUUGAACUAGCAGUACAUAAUGCUUCGGGUAAAAGACAAAUAGAGAUUAUAAUUAUAGACAGUUCACCAUCGAAAUAUCCUCAAACUGGUAAAUUGUUAAAUUCUUCUACUGCUCAUCCAAUCACAACAGAGUAUUUGCAUGAUAUUGUACAUCCUCGUUGUAUGGUCAAUGUUGAAUUAUAUCAUUAUGAUCCAUCGGUCACGAGCAUAUUGACACCGAGUCGGGGUGAACUUAUUCGCUAUGCUAUAGAUCAAUAUGCUAAUGGCUCAAUGUUAGUUAUUUUGGAACCAGGUGUUCAGUUACCAGUUAAUUGGGAUUCCGCAGUGUAUUAUACAUUACAGAGACCAGGUGUUGGAAUGGGUUGUUUUGCCUAUCGACUACACUUAGAUGAUAAAUAUAUUCAUCAGAAGAGUGUUUUAUGGGCAUUAAGUUGUUGGCUUGGAAGUUGGAUUGUAAAUGUACAAACAAAUUGGUCUGGAGUACCAAUAGCUGGACAACCUCAUUUUAUCUAUUCACAUUAUUUAAAAUGUAUCAAUGGUUAUCCACGUUCAUGUCGAGCAUUUCAUGCUAUUGAUCUGGCGUUAAAAUCACAUCAAUAUUUGGGUGAUGUAAUUCGUACACGUAGUAGAACAGCUGCGGCUGGUGUUCCAACUGAUUAUGCAUUAAGACAUGGUGUUUAUUAUACUGUAUUAUAUAGAAUAUUGCUAGGGAUCGCGCGUUAUUUAGGCGCCACAGAAGUUCAAUUGAAAUGGGCAUUAGAAAAAUUUCCUUCAUUAUCCAAUGUAGAAAUUAUGCGAAAAUAAAUGUUCAUAUUAUAUAUGAUGGAAUGACUUUCUGUCUGACAUAUUUCACGCCUAAUGUAUAGUUUUCGUAUUGAAAUACUUGUAAUAUCGUUUUUUUGUAUCGGUUAGUCAGGGUGGAACGAGCUAUCAAAAUAUCUUUAAGCUCUCAAUAAUUUGAGUUUCUUUCACAAUUUUUUUCUUCCCUCAUGUAUUCUUUUUCUGCUCUUGAAAAGAUUUAAUUGUUUUUUUCUGAAAAUAAAGUUUUUUACUGUGUAUAAAGAAAAAUAUAGUUUUUGAUACUUG